UCUUAGCCUCCUCCUCCCCCGCUCGGAGCGUUGAUGGUACAGUCCAGACGUCCGGGCGGAUACUGCGGCUGCGCUUCUCGCGAAAGAGAAGGCGGCGCGGGACUGGCCACUUCCGCACUUCCGCUUUCCGGCCCAGCCAGCGCCCGCGAUGACUGCCACUCUCCGUCCCUACCUGAGUGCCGUGCGGGCCACACUGCAGGCUGCCCUCUGCCUGGAGAAUUUCUCCUCCCAGGUGGUAGAACGACACAACAAGCCCGAAGUGGAAGUCAGGAGUAGCAAAGAGCUCCUGCUACAGCCUGUGACCAUCAGCAGGAAUGAGAAGGAAAAGGUUCUGAUUGAAGGCUCCAUCAACUCUGUCCGGGUCAGCAUUGCUGUGAAACAGGCUGAUGAGAUCGAGAAGAUUUUAUGUCACAAGUUCAUGCGCUUCAUGAUGAUGAGAGCAGAGAACUUCUUUAUCCUCCGAAGGAAACCAGUGGAGGGGUAUGACAUCAGUUUUCUGAUCACCAACUUCCACACAGAGCAGAUGUAUAAACACAAGUUGGUGGACUUUGUGAUCCACUUCAUGGAAGAAAUCGACAAGGAGAUCAGUGAGAUGAAGCUGUCGGUCAAUGCCCGUGCGCGCAUUGUGGCCGAGGAGUUCCUCAAGAAUUUCUAAAGCAUCUGGCUGGAUCUCGUGGCCUUCCCCCUCAGACUCCCCCGUGUCUCUGCGAAGGCGUCCUGGAGUUACUCCCCAGAGCAGCGGUGGCGACGGCGGCAGCAGCAGCGGAGGGGAGCUGGGUGUCGGGGUGGGCAUUAGAUGUGGGGGGGGGGUGUGCUUGCUAGCUGGGCAGCAAAGCAGCAGUGGACCUGCCCCAAGGCCACAUGUGCCUGGUCAGGCUGGCUUCUGAUGUUCAGUCCCCUGGGCCGGGACAGAUUUUUUUUUAACGUCUUGAAACUUAAAACUCUGUGCUUGUAGGAGACUGUAACCUUUUUGUCUUUUUUUUUUUUUUUUUUUUUUAAACAAACAACCUCCACCUCCAGUGGCUGUGACUGGUCCCAGUGAUUGUACCUUACUGGUCGCUGUGGGUCUGGGCGGGCCUGGAGCCAGAAGGCGACUGCUGUUCCUCCCUGGAGCCACCACAGGUGGGGAGGGAGGGAGGUUUCAGACUCCAGUUCCUCUCCCUCGUUCUCUUAUUUCCUUGAGCCAAUAGAAGCGGUGGAGACCCUCUGCCAGCUUCCUGAGCUCUGCCUGAAGAUGGCCACCCAGCACUGGUUGGGGACAAGGGCUGAACUGGUGGCCACCAGCCACACCUAGGAGCUGGGGCCUGAAAGCUAGGCAACCUCUGGCCGCAGGGGCCUCUUCGUGCCCUCCCAGCUGAGAGGGGCCGCUGUUUCGCCUUGUCUGUCAGUGCAGUGCCUGUGCUAGAGGUGGAGAGGUGAGUCCUCCAGAGCUUCCCGGCUGGGGCCUCCUGCCUGCUCUGGCUCCUCUGCUCCCACGCUCGCUGUACCUUUUCUUAUUCUGGUGGAUCCUUCCUCCCCUAAUUAAAGUCUCUUUUUGCCCCUCUGGGGGUGCAUGAGG